UGACCAGGCGGCAAUGCCCCAAGCUUAUAUCCCAGGCAGCAUCGCCCCGAGGCCGACCGGCACACGCGUCCCCACAGACAGCGGCUCCUGUAGGGGCGGCGGGAGGCGCGAGCUUGGCUGCGAUGGCUUUCGUCCUGAGAGCGGUCGUGCAAUUUGCUGGACUUGCACUGUCUGUGCUGGGGUGGGUUUUAUCCAUGAUCACCACCUACCUGCCGCACUGGAAGAACCUGAACCUGGAGCUGAAUGAGAUGGAGAACUGGACCCUGGGCCUGUGGCAGGCCUGCGUCGUCCAGGAAGAGGUGGGGAGGCAAUGCAAGGACUUCGACUCCUUCCUGGCCCUGCCCGUGGAGCUCCGGGUCUCCAGGGUCCUGAUGUUCCUGUCCCACGGGCUGGGGCUCCUGGGCCUGCUGGUCUCGGGGUCUGGGCUGGACUGCCUGAGAGUCGGAGAGAGAUGGCGAGAGCGGAAGAAGCGGCUGCUGAUCCUGGGAGGGGUCCUGUUCUGGACGGCGGGCGUCGGGGUCCUGGUGCCAGUCUCCUGGGUCGCCCACGUGACCGUGCAGGAGUUCUGGGACGAGACCCUCCCGGAGGUUGUGCCCAGGUGGGAGUUCGGGGAAGCCCUCUUCCUGGGCUGGUUCGCUGGGUUCUCUCUCCUCCUCGGGGGGUGCCUGGUGACCUGGGCCGCCUGCUGCACCCAGGCUCCGCUGGCUGCGGGCCAGUACGCGGCGGCAGACACGCAGACGCAGUGUCCAUGCCUGGAAAAUGGGACUGCGGCUCCGAAAGUGUGGCUUGGACAAGACCAGGGAGACCUCUCUUCCGCACCAACAGUGCUGUAGGUCCGCACGGGAAAGGGGUCUUU